UUUUAAUGCUAACAGAAGAUAUUGUUUUCUAUUCAAUAGCCACCACAAUCCUUUUCUUCUAUGUCUUGUACUUGAUAUGGGAAUACUCAGCAAAAGAUGUACCUUUAUAUAUCAAGAUAUUUACCUUUAUUUCUUGGAUAUUAACAUUUUCAAUUGUCUUAGUUCUACCUAUUGACAUCACUAAUGUUAUUUUACUAUUAUAAAAUAUUAGUCAACCAAAUAACACAAUGAAACUUAAUAAGUAGAAACAAUGGGGAAUAUUAAAAUAUUAUGGAGAAUAAUGUAUUGGGGAAACUUUUUCUUAGCUUGGUAUAAAUUGUGAAUAUUCAGGUUGGUAUUGCCAUUUUUUUAAGAUUAUGAAAGUGCUGGAGAUUUUGAUAUCAGAGGAAAAAUACGAUACUCUUUAAAAAAGAAUUUAACAAUUUAUGGAGUAGGAACAAUAAUAAUUGUAGGACUUGCAAUUUAUUUAUUGAUUAAAGAUAAUUUUGAUGCAACUCAUGUAGAAGGGGUUCUUAUUGGUGUAAGCAACUUUUUGUAAUUGAUUAUAUUUAUCAUUAGUGGAUUACUUUUAGUUGUGAUCUUAUUGGGACAAGGUUUAGUAGCAAUUCCAAAAUUAUAUUAUAGAGAACAUAAAGAGGAAGAUGUUCUAGAAUAAUGCUAUUAAUAAGCUGUUCUUUUGGAUGAAUAAAGAACAGAGAAAACAUAUGAACUUGAAGACAUAUGUAGGGUUGUAAUAUUUAAAACUAAUGAAUUUAGACCCUUCAAUUAUUAUAAAAUGAAUAUUCUGAUAGUGAAUUCAGCAGAUAUUUAAUGAUCAUUUUACAAAAGAUUCCCUAAGAAUUCUAAAAGAGUAUUCGAUCAAGUUUAUAAAAAUACAAUGCUUCUAAUAUACCAGAUAAAUACAAACCAUUAAAUCUAGAGAUUUUGGCAUCCAUACAUAAAUAUGUAAAAUGUCUUAUGUUUGAUUUAUAAAGAAUUCAAACAAAACUCAAUAUUUUUAAUUAAAAAGCAUUAAAAUUUGAAAGGAAAGAUAUAUAAGAUGAUGAAACCUAAUUUGAAACCAAAUUUUCAAAAAUUAUAUAUAAGAUUUCUAUAAUAUGGAAUUUAAAGCUUAGAAAAUAUUACUGUGUUAUAUUAGCAAUAACUUAUGCACUUCUCUCUCUAUUCAUACUGUUUUGCGAGUUAAUAACUUUUGUAGCAAAAAAUAAUAAAGAUUUAAAUCCCUAUUAUUUACUAUUAUCAUCAAUUGAUAGAUAUUAUAUAACAGAACUUGUUUUGUUAUUACCUUUAUUAUAUAUGAUGUUUUGCACUUAUUAUGGAUUAUUUGCUAUGAAAAUCUCAGGAUUAAUCUCUUUUAAUAAACAUCAUCAUACAGAUGCGCCAAGCUUGAUGUUUGGUUCCAUGUAUUUUUAUUUCAUAUCCUUAAAGUAACUUUGCUAGAGUAAGUUUUCCAUUGUGUUUCAAUUUCAUUUAAAUUACAGAUAUCCUUGAAGAUUAAGCUACUUCUUUUAGUGAAACUGUUGGUAAUCUAGCAGAAUCUCUUUUUGUUCAAAGUUACAAAACAAUAUUGCCCUUAAUGUUAAUAAUUAUGUGCUUUUUCAAUCUAUUUAAUAUUGGAGAUAAAUUAAUGAGAACCAUAGGUUUAGGAUAAUAUGCCUAAUAAGAAAGAAUUUCAGGUAUGAGUUUAGAAGGAAAAAAAAUCUUAGAAAAAGGUAUUUAUAACUUAUAAUUAUUUCUAUUAGAAAGAGAAUUAAGAAAAAAAAACAAUCUAAAUGAUAGCAAUUCUUAAAUUGUAUUUUAAGAAUUAUAAAUUAUGCCUAAAACAAAAAUUCAAGAUGAAGAAGAAACCUCAAGGAAAAAUACAACAAAUUAAGGAAUAAGAAAUUUUGAUUAAAUUCUAAGUAUAUGA